GACCAAUCCCGACAGGGGAGGCGAGGCCGGGUGCCUACCUGGGCCCAGGUGUGCUCCGCUCAGCAUCUCCCGGUCUCUCAGUGCGCGAGAUGGAGUGCGCCCCGGAGGCGUCGGGAGGAGACCCGGGCGGGGCCGAGCUCCCAAUGGAACCCUUGAUAAGCCAGGGGCCGGGGCCGGAGCAGCCGCAGCCGCAGCCGCAGGUCCCCGCGGAGAAGCGACGUGCGGAGAGUCCCGAGGGCAACCCGGCUCUGGCCAGGGCCGUGAGGGAGGCGGCGGGCGCAGGCCAGGAGCUCGUCGGCGGGAAGAAGCUGCCUCGUCCCGCGCUCCUGCGGCUGCCGCCCCCCAGCCUCGGCUACGGCGCUUUCCGCCGCCAGGCGUCCGCCGAGCCACCGUCGCCUGGCCCCACCGCGGCCGAGCAGCCCCGGGACGGCGAGGCGCCGGCGGGAGGGCUGGUGCCCUGGGCCGCACCGGGGGAGCCGACGGCCGGCGCCUGGGCCCCCAUGGAGCUGCAGGUGGAUGUGCGCGUGAAGCCCGUUGGCGCGGCCGGUGGCAGCCGCGCACCCUCGCCCGCGCCCUCCACGCGCUUCCUCACGGUGCCGGUGCCAGAGUCCCCAGCCUUCUCCCGCCACGCCUCCCCCGCGUACCCCUUCCUGCCGCGGACGCCUUCCCCGGGCGGCACGUUGGGCCGCGGCGCGCCCCUGGCUCCAGCCCGGGCGGAGCGCGGCAGCGACACCGAGGGGCGCGCGGAGUCCCCGGGCUCCCCCACAUGCCGCUGCCACUGCCAGAAGCUGGGGCUGAAGGAGGACGCCGACCUGCUGCACCACGCCGAGCAGGACGGAGACACGAAGCUGCCCCGGGCCAUCAAGCUCAUGGGGCUGCCCAUGUACCUGAAGUCCCUGCGCUGGGCCCUGGCGGUCAUGGCUGUGUUCCUGGCAGUGUCCGCGGUCGCCAUUGUGGUCCUGGCCUCUAGAGCAGGGGCAAGAUGCCGCCCAUGCCCCCAGGGCUGGAUGUGGUCUGAGAAGCACUGCUACUACCUCUCUGCCGAAGCACAGGCCUGGGAGGCCAGCCACGCUUUUUGCUCAGCCCACCAUGCUACCCUCCCCCUGCUGAGCCACACCCAGGACUUUCUGAGCAGAUACCCAGUCUCCAAGUAUUCCUGGGUAGGGGCCCGGCGAGGCCCCCAGGGCUGGCACUGGAUCGACGGGGCCCCCUUGCCACCCCAGCUACUCCCUGAGGAAGAGGACAAGCCAGAUCUCCAGUGUGGGGGCCUGCAGGGAGGCAAGCUCGUGGCUUUGGACUGUGCUUCUCUAAGACCCUGGAUCUGUGCCAAGGGGUCCAAGUGAUCUGGCUUCUGCACAUCCUUAGAUUGUUGGGCAAGCAGCUCUCCCAGGGGUGGCCAAGUUGAAAGCCGAAGCAGCUUCCUCCCCAGACCCAGGCUUCCAGGUCUCCUGGCUCAAGAGGCCCUGCGUCACCCAGGGAGCUGGACUUCCAGUGCAGGAAGAUCACACCCAGGGAGAGGUGGCGUUCCGGGGCCCUGGGGCUGGGUGCUCAUUUUAGUCUCCACCUUCUGAAGUGGACUUGUUUGGUGUUCUUGCUAUGGUUUUUUAGCAUUUCCAAGCCAUUUUCCUCCAUCAUUAAAAUGGCCAUUUCCUAUUCUCUUCCUACCUGCUAUGCUUAAUCCCAUGCACACAUGGUCAUAGGUGAUCCCAGCUUGGGUUUUUACUGGAGCCCUUCAAAGGGAUCUUCCAUUGUUUUCUGGCAAUGGGAUUUGGCAGCAGUAACAUCUUUCCUAUAAAUGCCAUUUCCAGGCAGCUGGGCCCAUGGCUGACACGGCUGACCAACAGUGACUGGAAGACACCAGUUGAGAAGUGAACAGCCUCUCGAAGUGGGGACAGAGAGGUUUCCUUCCCUCUAGGAGUUAGCAAAGGGCUGGCAGGGAGAAGGGUUCUUUGCGGAGCAUGUGGGGCUGGCAGGGCCUUCCUACCAGCUCAGCCUCAAGCUGGGAAGAUGCAAAGGGCAGGGACACCUGUUCAAGAAGCCAAGGGAGCAAGACCCCAGCCCCUCCACCCAACAUCACCACCACCAUAGGCAUGUGGUGCAAGUUACUGCAAAACAUGGGGGCUGCGUGAGGAAGUUAAUUGGAGAAAUGUGAGAAGGGUCUUCCACCCCAACUGUUGGGGCACCAACCUAAUGAUGUGUGUUGGGGUUCAGUGAAGGGCCUGUCUUGGGCUAGGAUUGCCAACAGGCAAGCCGAAAGGGCUUGUUUACUCUUGCCCGCCUGUACAGACCUCUCCAGAUGGCAGGAUUACCUGUGUCUUAUCUUGGUGUUGAGCACUCAACAUGACUGUCCUGUACAAGUCAGCCUUCCUCUUUAAAGGUAGACCAUGCUUCCAAAUUCCCUUCAAACAGAGAAGCCUUCACUGGUCCACUUAACCAACAGCUCGUACAGAAUAUGUAGGCUGUCUGGGAGAAAGGGAUGGAGAGGCCUAGGGGCGUAAUCAACAAAUGAUACAAGCCUUACCUUACCAAGCUUCGGUGUUUCUCAUGGCUUUCUACUUACUCCAACCACAAAUUCAUCCGAGUUUGACAGCAUGUCCAACUUCAGCUCACUUCAAAGCCCUCCCAUGCAAACCCGUGUCUGGUGUAUCAGGCAGGCUUAACAUCCAGAGCAUUUCAGCUCUUCCCAGCUUCAGAGUCAACUACUGCAGGCUUGGGGCUCCCCCUUGCCCACAUGCCACGUAGAAUCCCCUUGGAGAUUAAAGGCCUGGAAUCUGAGUUUUGCAGCUUACCUUGGUGAAGAAGGGGAGUAAGUGAGCUUCUGAUCUACCAUACUUGGAAGCUCCGAGUUACUGUCCGAAGUUGGCAAACCAAGAAACAGCAGUGUAAGCUUAUUACUUAGAACUCUAAAGUACUAGAAGAGACAUAAAAAAAAAAAUUACAGUAGUUGCCUUAAAACUAAUUGAUGUUGGCAGAAGUCAGAACAGUGGUUAUCUUGGGGGAGGGGAGUACUAAUUGGAAAGGGGCACCAGGGUACCACUGUUGAGCUGGGUGAUGUCAGGUGAAUAGUCAUAAAAAUUCAUCAAGCUGUACACUUAAGAUUUAAAAAAAAUUAAGUAUCUGUCUCCAGGAACAGGAAUGAGUUUACAGAGGGACUGAUUUUAACAUCCUUGACUACAACUAACUUAAAAACUAUACUCACAUUUUUAAAAAAUUCAUGCACUACUUUGAUAAAAAGGAAAUUAAAUUUUUUAAAAAGACCCACAAGAUUCUGAUGUGCACCAAUCACAAUGUAAGUUGGCAGUAGUUCAACAUGAAGGGGACAGUAGUUCAACAUGGAGAAAUAUAGUCAAAGAUUUUGUACUAGCUUACAUUGGUAUGUAGUAACCACCCUAGAGGUAAUGAGGAUUUAAUAAUAUAAGUUAUGGUCGAACCAGUGUUGUAUUUUGAAACUAACCUAAGAUUGUGUAUCAACUACACUUUAAUUAAAAAAAAAAAAAAAGACUGAUGUGCAGCCUGACUCAAGGAUUACUAGCUUCAGAAAUGAAUUCCUGUGACUGCCCUUUUUUAUAGCCAGAAGCUGGAAAAGUUACACAGCAGGUUGUUGGUCUGCAUGGAAUUCCUCUGAGUAAUCUUUCUAGCCUCCUUUCCCACUAGGCACUGCCAGCUGCUAUUGUUUGGAGACCAGCCUCUGACGCAGGCUGCCCUGGUAGCCCCCAAGGGGCAGCUCUGGACAUGUGGCUUGUGGGAGAGUCCAUGUUAAGCACACCCAACCCAUCCUCCACCAAGUCCUGAAAUUCUGACUCAGUGGGUCAGAGGUGGGAUCAAGACCCCUGCAUCAGGUUUUUGCAAGCUUUCCUGGUGAUACUGAUGCAGAUGAUCCAGAAACUGCACUUUGAGAAACCCCAUCUAAGAGCCUCUAUUGCCACCAGGAAAAAAAUAUGCAUAUAUAUACUUUGACCAGUUUUGAUAUAUCAUUUGCACAAAAAAUGUGCCCAUUCAAGUACCUUUUGGUAAGUACUGGCACCCAUGUAACCAGUGCCAAUCAAGAAAUGGAAUGGUUCCAACAAUCCAGAAAGUUCCUUCAUGUCCCUUUGAAGUCCAUCUUCCCUGACCUCCAACCCCAGGCAAACUAUGUUCCUCUGAAGAUUUUUAGCUUGUUCUAGAACUUCAUAUAAAAAUCAUACUGUUAGCAUAUUUUAAAGACUUAUUCAUGUUGCUGCACAUAUCAGUAGUUCCUUUCUUUGGAUGGAUAUGACAAUUUUUAUUUUCUAGUUGGUAACAUUUUGGGUGUCUCCAGGUUUUGGUUGUUAUGAAUACAGCUGCUGUAACAUUCAAAUACCAAAUCUUUGGACAUUGGAUUUCUUUUAUCUUGGGUAUUUGAGAACGGGAUUGAUGGGUCAUAUGAUUAGACUAUGUCUAAUUUAUAAGAACUAUCAAAUUGUUUUCCAAAGCAGCUGUAUCAGUUUAACAAUCCCACCAGCAAAAUACUGAAGUUCCAGUUGCCCCACAACUUCAGCACUUGGAGUUGCUUAUCUUCUUACAUUUAACCAUUCUAGUGGGUGUGUAAGUAGUCUUUCAAUGCGGUUUUCAUUUGCAUUUUCUUGAUGACUGAUGAGCUUUGAUCCUUUCAUUUUUCAUUUGCCAUUUGUGUAUUUUCUUCUGUGACUUUGAUGCUGAUGGUCCAGAAAACCUGCCUGAAAGACCCAUAUGCCUGCCAGGACACAGCUUCUUUUAAAGUGAUGAUUUAAAAAUAUCUAAGUUAUCUUAGAUAUCUAAGUUAUCUUAGUUAUCUCUGGAAUAUCUAAGUUAUCUCUUAACAUUAUGAAAAUUCUCAAAAUAGUUAAUAAAAAUGAUGCAAUGAACAUCCAUAUGCUCU